UACUACAACAUGGUACAAAUAAACACAUCCACUCAGUAGAUAAUUUGUAAUCAGUAUAUUACAGUAUUUUGUUUGUUUUCGUCUAUUGUAUAAACACAAACACAUAUAAUAAAAUUAUUUUUAAAUACAAAUAACUAUUGUUAAUAUGCCAGGACCGGACUUGCUUUCAAGUCAAGGUCUUCGACUUGACGGUAGAAGACCCAAUGAAUUACGCAGAAUUAGAUGUAAACUUGGUGUCUUCACACAACCUGAUGGCAGUGCCUACUUAGAACAGGGAAAUACAAAAGUUCUAGCAGCUGUUUAUGGACCACAUCAGGCAUCGAAAUCAAAACUUUCUACUGAAGGGGUUGUAGUUAACUGUCAGUACAGUAUGGCUACUUUUUCAACAGGUGAAAGAAAAAACAGGCCACGGGGAGACCGUAAAUCACAAGAGAUGUCAAUGCAUUUACGGCAAGCCCUCACUGCUGCCAUCAAGACAGAAUUAUACCCACGCUCACAGAUAGAUAUCUAUGUAGAGGUUUUGCAGGCAGAUGGUGGCGCAUACUGUGCGUGUGUGAACGCGGCGACGCUUGCACUAACUGAGGCAGGUAUACCGCUGCGCGCAUACGUCUGCGCCAGCUCGGCCUCCAUGGCGACGGCGCCCGAACCUCUGCUCGACGUCGGACACGUGGAAGAGGCUGCUGGCGGACUUGUGCUGACAGUUGCCGCGAUGCCAACCACUGGUAAAAUAGCACUAUUAGAGAUGUCUCACAGAUUACACAUGGAUUAUUUCGACAUUGUGCUAAGCAGAGCUAUGCAGGGUUGUAGAGAUAUAGAGAUAAUAUUGGACAGAGCUGUAAGAGACCAUUUAGCAGAAGGAUGGACAAAAGAUGAUGUAACGGCGGUAUGAAAUAUAUGCUCAA